GGGACGGAGGGAGUACUCGUAAAUGCUCACAACAAGUCACAACUGUACCCCUAGUUACCUUUGUAUCCCUUUCUAUGAUCAAACAACACCCCCAUUUCAAGUUGGAAUAGACUAAUUUGUCAUCAUCAGCUCUAUUUGCUUUCAAUGUCAUCGCAUAUCUCUGUUUGUAUGCACAACGCUUGCUUUAGACAUACACAGUAAUAUAUAAUAGUUUCGUAAGGUUGUUAUGGAACCUCGUGUUGGCAAUAAGUUCCGAUUGGGCAGGAAGAUUGGCAGUGGAUCCUUCGGAGAGAUCUAUCUGGGUACUAUUAAUCAGACCAAGGAGGAAGUUGCAAUUAAGCUGGAAAAUAUCAAGACAAAGCAUCCUCAAUUGUUGUAUGAGUCAAAACUAUAUAGAAUUCUGCAAGGAGGAACUGGAAUUCCAAAUUUAAGGUGGUUUGGAGUGGAGGGUAAUUAUAACAUUCUAGUGAUAGAUCUUCUUGGACCCAGUCUUGAAGAUCUAUUCAAUUUUUGCAGCAGAAAGCUUUCCCUGAAAUCUGUUCUUAUGCUUGCAGAUCAAAUGAUCAAUCGUAUAGAGUUUCUUCAUUCUAAAUCGUUUCUACACCGUGAUAUUAAGCCAGACAACUUUCUUAUGGGAUUACAACGGCGAGCAAAUCAGGUUUACAUGAUAGACUUUGGUCUGGCAAAAAAGUAUAGAGACACUUCAACGCACCAACACAUACCUUACAGAGAGAAUAAAAACUUGACUGGGACAGCGAGAUAUGCUAGUAUCAAUACUCACCUUGGUAUUGAACAGAGCAGGAGAGAUGACCUUGAAUCUCUUGGCUAUCUUCUCAUGUACUUUCUUAGAGGAAGUCUUCCUUGGCAGGGUUUAAAAGCAGGAAAUAAAAAAAAGAAGUAUGAGAGGAUUAGUGAAAAAAAAGUUUCGACAUCUAUUGAGGCAUUGUGUGGCGGUUAUCCGGCAGAAUUUUCUUCCUACUUCCAUUACUGUCGUUCUUUGCGUUUUGAUGACAAGCCAGAUUAUGCUUAUUUGAAGGGAAUAUUCCGUGACCUCUUUAUACGAGAAGGGUUUCAGUUUGAUUAUGUUUUUGACUGGACCAUUCUGAAGUACCAGCAGGCAGAAAUAUCUGUUCCUCCAUCCCGGGGCCUCGGGCGAACUGCUGGACCAAGUUCUGCAAUACCCCCUGCUACUCCCUAUAUUAACCGACAGACAGCUGUUCCAGUGAAGCAAGUAGGUUUGUCUUCCACUGAUGUUUCCGAUAGAAUCUGUGCACAGGAUAAACCUAUCGACAGUUUAACUAAGCAGAAAGCUCCAGUUGAAAAUCAUUCAAUACCUAACAGAGAUGCUAUAUUGCCAGGCACGACUUUUUCAGAAAGGUUAACAAGGCAAUCUGGAAUCUUUACCGGUGAGGCAUUUCCAGGGGGAAAUGAGCUUGAUAAUCCCUAUUCUUGCAUCACUGAAGCCAGCCCUGGGAAGCUGCACAAAAUCUCCGGCGAGCAAAGAGGUUCAUUCAAUCCUAGGCAUGCUUCAUCCGGAAAAGGUCAUUCAAACCUGAUGAAUUAUGAAACAACCCUGAGGGGCAUAGAUAGUCUACACUUUGGUGAGACAAAGAGGGGGCAAUAUUAAAUAUCACCAGCUAAUCCUUGUAAUUUAAGCCUUUUGUGAUAUCUCCAGCUAUCAGUUAAAAUGAUAUAGUUAAAUGGACGUGAGUAUUGGAUCUGA